AACCGUUGACGUGAAGCAAUCGACCGCGUGUUCUACCAUCGUCUGGGUGGUGGGUUAACAUGGAGUUUAGUUAAAACAUAACAUUCAUACAGACAAUAAUAUUUAUUUUAUCAAAAAUAAUAUUAUUAUAUUUUGUGUUUGAAAAUAUAAUUAUAUCAUAUUUGAAUUUUUUUUUUUUAUAUAAUAUUUCUUUACAUUUCUAAGUAUUUCUACAAGAGAAAUUUCGAUUCUGGAAUAACUGAUGUGAUUGACAUAAAAAUGGCAUUAACAUGCUGGGAAAAGCUUGCAAUAGUAAUUGUUGCAGCAGUUGGUUUGCGAAUGUUAAUUCGUAUUGCUGUAUUAACAUGGAAAAAAUUAAUAGCACCAUCAAUGGGUCUUGGAAUUGAUGUUGCAACACAAGGCAAAUGGGCUGUUGUAACUGGUUCAACUGAUGGUCUUGGUAAAGCAUUUGCUGAAGCACUUGCUGCAAAAGGUCUUGACAUUGUGUUGGUAUCAAGAUCAUUAGAAAAACUUGAAAAUGUAUCAACUGAAAUAAAAGCAGCAUAUGGAGUAUCAACUAAAAUUGUUGAAGCUGAUUUGACUGAAGGUCAACCAGUCUAUGCUAAAAUAGCCAAAGCAGUUGAAGAACUUGAGGUUGGUGUACUUAUUAAUAAUGCUGGUACAAGUUAUGAUCAUCCAGAAAUGUUUACAAGUAUAUCAGAAGAAUUAAUUGCAAGAAUAUUACAAUUAAAUGUUGCUGGUACAACUGGUGUAACACGUGCUGUUUUACCAGGCAUGAUGGAAAGAAAAAAAGGUGUUGUUAUUAAUAUUAGCUCAACAUCUGCUGCAAUACCAAGUCCAUAUUUAUCAGUAUAUGCUGCAAGUAAAGCAUUUGUUGAUAAAUUAAGUGCUGAUCUUGCUGCUGAAGCAGCACCAAGAGGUGUUACUGUACAGUGUGUACUUCCUGGUCCAGUUGCAACAAAAAUGUCCAAAAUAAAAAAAGCAACAUGGAUGGCACCAACACCUGAAAAAUUUGUUGAGGCUUGUUUAAAAACUGUUGGAAUUGAAUCAAGAACAACUGGAUAUCCACCACAUUGUCUUAUCAUUGGAUUUGUCAAUGGUUUAAAAUGUCUUUGUGAAAAAGGUGCAAUAUGGCUUGUUGCAAGAACAAUGCUUAAUAUUCGUGGUCGUGCAUUGAGAAAAAAAGAUAAAAAUGAUGAUGAUCUUGGUAAAUCAUCAAGUAAAAAAGAAAUUCCAAUUGAGUGAUAAUUAUAGUGGAUUUUUUUUCUUUCAGUAAAUUACAAUUUUCUUUUGAUUAAUUUCUUUUUUUGUUCAAGUUUGUGUCAUGGAAAUAUUUAACCAUUGAUAAUAAUAAUAAGUGUUUAAUAAUUUUAAUAAAAUUGUUUAAAUUGAUUUGAAAAAAAAAAAAUUAUUUAACAAAAGUAAUUUAUUUAAAAUCAUGUGAUACAGUACAAAGGUCAAUAGAUCCACGUUGACGUGGCAUUUAAAAAAUUUUUUAAAUUUUUCAUAUCAAUCUUUAAUUCAUUGCCGUGGUAUCAAAUUAUAAUGAUUAUUUUAAUCAGCAGUAUCAUAUUGCUCAAAUAUAUAUACUAGUUUGUGUAUUGUAUAAAAAUAUGAAAUAAAUUUUAUAUUUUUAUUUUUCAAUAAACAUACAUGUUUUUUGUAUUUUUUUUUUUUUAAAUUUAUUUUUAAUUUUUAGUAUAUUGUUAAGAAAAGAUAUUAUAAUUAUGUCAAUUUAUAAAUUGUAUAAAUCAGCAUUUAUUUAUUAUUUUUUUAUGCAACAUGACGCAGUUUUUCUACAUGAAAUAUUUACGACAAUCAGCACUUGUAUUCAACGAGUUCAUUAAUUAUUAAUAUAUUUUAUAAAUGAAUAUUCUCAGCUAAAUUAACAGUCGACUUAUUUU